AUGCUCGGCGGUUCCCCUCCCGCCUCCCGGAGGAAACUUUCAAAAGAUGCGGCAGCCGCGGCCCCGCCCCUCCCGGCGUGGUUGGAGGCGGCGGGAGGCGGGGGUGGAGCCGGCGGGCCCGGGCCGGUGGCUCCGCCUCCUCCUGCUGCCGCCGCUUCCCUCUCGGUACCCGCCCCAGCUGCAGCCCGCCGGCUCGCCGGUGCAGCCGCGAUGCCCCGGAGCCAGACCCCGGCCCGGGUCCCCGGCCCAGCACGUAAUUAG